GUUCAAAUAUCAUUCUUGGUAUGAGUAUUAAAGUUGGCAGAGUGCGUCCCCCCGGUCAUUGCCAUCAAUCCUUCUCCUCCCGUGUUUCACGAUUGUUAUUUUAAAAUCACAGUGUACUAGUGAUCAUGCUGUCAGCUCGUGCUUCACGAUUUGCUAAGCCUCCUUUCUUCCCAGAAGUGUCCGCACCGGGCCGGUUAUAUUUAAACAGACCUUGAUUCUCCACUUCUUUCCUCACCACUACUACCAAUCAACACUAAAGCUGACAAGGAAAAGACAGAAAUCAAUGAGCCUUCUAAGCGGGAAGCUGGAGGCAUGUUUUGCAAUCAGACUCUCAGCGAGUCAACACCACGAAAUCUUCAGUGCUAGGCCUCACCACGUCUCCAACAUGGCUCCUGGUAAGGUCAAUAACUGUGCUGUCCACCAAGGAGAUUUGGGCCAAAAGGGCACCAUCAUUGAGUGGGAUUAUAUCCAUGAGGGGGAGCAGAAGCUAGCCAAGGAAAUCAUAGAAGAAAUCGAUGACGUGAAUUUUUCGACCACGUUCAAGGUGAUCGAAGGCGAUGUUAUGAAGGAAUACAAGGAGUUGAAGCUUGUGGUCAAGGCAACUCCACAGUCGGAGGACACCACCAGCAUCAUCCACUGGACUGUGGAGUAUGAGAAGCUAAGCGAGGAAACCCCUGAGCCAAUCUCCGUUCUGCACCUUCUGGUUCAUCUCAGCAAAGAUAUCGAUGAUCACCAUGCCAACAAGUGAUCCGAUCGACUCCAAAGGGUUAUAUUGCUGAAGAAUCAUUAUGAUGUGUGGUUAUAUAUACGUGAUCAUGUGGAUUAUGGUAUGUAUAGUGAAAUUUGCAGGCCUUGUUCUUUGUCUGCUGUGGCAUGCGGCUGGUCUUGUUGUUGUGCAAUAAAAAAAAUGUGUGCAUAGUUCUGGAAAACAUAAAUUAAUAAUAUCUGCGUAUACGG